AUUUUCUUCACUUACCUUUGUGCAUCCUUUGCUAUAUAUCGGAGGAAAAUUUAUAAGGAUGAUCUCCGCAUCAACCACCCAGAGAUGGGCGAGUAUCGACUCUGUGACUGUUAUAAAGGGCGCAGUUUCACGAAAUCCGAAGGCCUUGAGACAACUAUUAGAUGAAUCCCAGCACUACGCUGUUCCCACUGACUCUUGGUUAAUCCUACGCGAGUACACGAUCACCGAGCUGCACCUGACUCUCAAUGCUGGAAAAUGGAAUUAUGACAACGGGGGCAUCCUCAUGAGGCCGGAAUUGGCACUGGAGCUGAGCUAUGGGCUUGAGUAG